AUGUCAAAUCGAAUUCGAACUUUUGAAUCCGGUCAUUCAAAAAGGCUAAAAAAACGUAAACAAGAAGCUUUAAUUGAAUCACAAAAGGGAGCACUUCUAAAAUUUUGUACGCCUACAACAAGUCAACCUACAAACGAUAGUGAUACACCUACAAAUAACGAACCUACAAACGAUAGUGAUACACCUAUAACAAGUCAACCUACAAACGAUAUUGAUACACCUACAAAUAAUGAACCUACAAACGAUAGUGAUACACCUACAAAUAAUGAACCUACAAACGACGGAAAACCUACAAAUGAUGAAUUUACAACCGAUGAAUUACCUAUAAAUUUUGUUGAUCCAAGUCAAUGGAAUAAUAUUAGUAUUGUUCUAAGAGAUAUACUCGUAGAAAAAGGUCCGAUUAAAAUUCAUGAUUACGAUUUUCCACAAGAUGAACACUCAAGAAGCUUUAAUACAUCUCACUAUAUGCGAACAUUACCAAAUGGUGAAACGCUAGAAAGAAAAUGGUUGAUUUAUUCUAUAGAUUUGGAUAGAGCGUUUUGUUUUUGUUGUAAAUUGUUUAACGUGAAUCAUUGUACUAGUAGCUUAGCUAAAGAAGGUAAUAACGAUUGGAAAAAUAUUAAUAGUAAAUUAAAAGAACAUGAAAAAAGUAAAGUACAUAUUAACAAUAUGAGAACAUGGAUGGAACUAGAGAUAAGAUUGGCGAAAAAUAAGACAAUCGAUAAACAAAAUCAAAAUCAAUUAAAUAAAGAAAAAGAACAUUGGAGAAAUGUGCUAAAAAGAAUUAUUGCCCUUGUAAAGAGUCUUGGUACACAUAAUUUAGCAUUUCGUGGGGCAAAUGAACAAUUGUAUGAAGAAAACAAUGGUUUAUUUUUAGCCGGUAUUGAGAUGAUUGCAGAAUUUGACCCGAUAAUGCAAGAACAUGUUAGACGCAUACAAAAUAAAGAAAUUCAUAAUCAUUAUCUUGGACCCAGAAUGCAAAAUGAACUAAUACAUUUAUUAUCAAAUGAGGUCAAAACAAGAAUUAUUAAAAAGGUUAAAGAAGCUAAAUAUUUUUCAAUUAUUCUUGAUUGCACACCCGAUAUAAGCCACAAAGAACAAAUAUACUUUUUAGAAUUUUUAAUAGUGAAUGAUACAACCGGUAAAGGUCUUUUUAAUUCUAUUACUGAGGAACUUAAUAGAAUAGGACUUAAUGUGGAUGACAUUAGAGGCCAAGGUUAUGAUAAUGGUUCAAAUAUGAAAGGAAAACAUAAGGGAGUACAAAAACGAUUGUUAGAAGUUAAUCCUAGAGCCUUUUAUGCUCCAUGUGGUUGUCAUAGUUUAAAUUUAGUUAUUUCUGAUAUGGCUAGCGCUUGUGACAAAGUUCAAGAUUUUUUUGGAACCAUACAACGUAUUUGUUCUAUUUUUGCAUCAUCCACUAAAAGAUGGAAAAUUUUACAAGAUAAUAUACCAUAUUUAACUCUUAAAUCAUUAUCACAAACACGUUGGGAAAGUCGAUUAGAAAGUGUUAAAGCAAUUAGGUUUCAAGCUCCAAAACUAAGAGAUGCAUUAAUGGAUUUGUAUCGUGAUAGUACUGAGGCAAAUGUUAAAAGUGAGGCUAAAUCUUUAGUUGAAAAUGAGUUGGAAAAAUUUGAAUUUUUAUUAGCGAUGGUUAUUUGGUAUGAGGUUUUACAUGCUAUUAAUGUAGUUAGUAAAAACUUACAAUCAAAAGAUAUGUGUAUAGAUAUUGCUAUAAAACAACUAGAUGGACUUAUUAUUUAUUUUAAAAAGUUUAGGGAUGAAGGAUUUGAAAAUGCUAUGAUUGAGGCUAAAGAACUUGCUUUAAAGAUGGGCAUUGAACCUAGUUUUCGUGAAAAACGUGUUAUUCGUAGAAAUAGAAGAUUUGAUGAAAAUGUUGAUAAUGAGACUUUGAAAACUCCUAUUGAUUGUUUUAGAACGGAUUACUUUUUAUACAUAGUAGAUCAAGCUAGUGUUUCACUCGAAAGUAGAUUUGCUCAGUUUAAAGAGUUCGAACAAAUUUUUGGUUUUUUGUUUAGUAUAAAAAAGUUAAAAUCUUUAGAUCAAAAAAUUUUAAAAGAGAAGUGCAUUUAUCUGGAAAAGUUUUGGAACUAUGAUAAUCAUAUUGAUAUUGAUGGUUUAGAUUUAUUUGACGAACUAAAAAUGCUAAGAGACAUUAUACAUGUAGAAUCUGACACACUUACCAAUAUAUUAACUUAUAUUAAAAACUUUAAUUCUUUUCCAAAUGCAUAUAUCGCCUAUAGAAUUGUGUUAACCAUUCCUGUAACCGUUGCUACAGCAGAACGUAGCUUUUCCAAAUUAAAACUAAUAAAAAAUUACUUAAGAUCUACAAUGUCACAAGAAAGAUUAAACGGUUUAGCUAUUAUGUCAAUCGAAAAAGAUUUUUUAGAAGAACUUGAUUACGAUAAUUUUAUCAAAGAAUUUGCCUCGGUUAAAGCUAGAAAAGUAGAUUUUAUUUAA